AUGAAAUUCGCUGUCUCCACCAAUGGAGAUAACAUCCUGAAGAUAUGGUCCCUAACGCGAGAGGAUGAGAAGUGUGGCAAAUUGGCCCAAGUGCUAGUGGGCCACUCUGAUGCUGUGACCUGUGCAGCUGUAUCGGUGACAAAUAGAACACAGGUCACUUCUGGUUCAAAGGACACAAAUCUGAUUAUUUGGGAUUUACAUGCGGGAGAGGAGAUUCAUACUUUGGCUGGCCAUUUGGCUCCUGUCAUUGGUGUCAAGGUGUCGGCGGAUGGUUCAACGGCUGUGACGGGCAGUGAUGACAAAACCCUCAUAGUGUGGGAGACAAAACGUGGUCUCGCCUUGACUUCGUUGCAAUUACGCGUACCCUUUCCACGUUUCGACAUCAGCAUGGAUUGUUCGCGAAUAUUGGUGCAAUUAGUGGAUAGUUUCAAUUUGCCCGUGAUAUGCCUGCACAAUACCCCUGCUCAGUACAUAAAGCUGCCAACGUAUUCGGCACCAGUCCGAGAUGUUGAAGACGAUGGCUUUUGUACAUGCACAUACUACUGCAGAGACAAAGAAAGAAAUCCGGUUACAGAUAUAGAUUUUGUGCUGUGGAUAUGGAAAGAAAGCUUUUCCCAGCUGCUGGUAUCUGAUAAUGGUGGCCAUGAAUAUACCACAGAACCAAUUUCUGAUGAUGGUACAGAAUGCGUACCACCUACUCAGAACGAGGUCGACGCAUCAGUAACUCUAUGGGGCAUAAGUUUACAGUAA